AUGAGGACGAGACGUACACUUAGGGGACAUUUAGCCAAGAUUUAUGCGAUGCACUGGGCAUCAGACAGCCGCAAUUUGGUAUCAGCUUCACAAGACGGAAAACUUAUUGUGUGGGACUCGUACACAACCAACAAAGUUCAUGCAAUUCCCCUCAGAUCAUCCUGGGUGAUGACUUGUGCAUAUGCUCCCUCAGGGUCGUUUGUUGCUUGUGGAGGUCUGGACAACAUUUGCUCAAUUUAUUCGUUGAAAACACGUGAAGGAAACGUUCGGGUGUCUCGUGAACUUCCAGGACAUACUGGAUAUUUGUCUUGCUGUCGGUUCCUUGAUGAUAACCAAAUUGUGACUUCAUCUGGAGAUAUGACUUGCGCCCUCUGGGAUAUUGAAACCGGACAACAAUGCACAGCUUUCACUGGACACACUGGAGACGUCAUGUCACUUUCCCUCUCACCAGACUUCCGCACAUUCAUUUCAGGAGCUUGUGAUGCAUCAGCGAAGUUGUGGGAUAUCCGAGACGGUAUGUGCAAGCAGACUUUCCCAGGACACGAAUCAGACAUCAACGCUGUCGCUUUCUUCCCAUCUGGAAACGCAUUCGCCACAGGAUCGGAUGAUGCCACGUGUCGGUUGUUUGAUAUUCGUGCUGAUCAAGAACUUGCUAUGUAUUCUCAUGAUAAUAUUAUUUGUGGAAUUACCAGUGUUGCAUUCUCAAAAUCGGGUCGCUUGUUGUUCGCUGGAUAUGACGACUUCAACUGCAAUGUUUGGGAUUCAAUGCGACAGGAGAGAGCAGGAGUGUUGGCUGGUCAUGACAACCGAGUUUCGUGUCUAGGAGUAACUGAAGAUGGUAUGGCUGUGUGCACAGGAUCAUGGGAUUCAUUCCUCAAGAUCUGGAAUUAA